UGUCCAAUAUCAAGUUAUUAAUUAUGAAGGUUUAAUUUAAUCUUUUAUUUUUAUUAUUUGUUUCUUUUUUUCAUUUUAAAACUUUCUAUUUCUGGUUUGGCCGAGAAAGUGGUACGCAUUAAGAUUGUAUUUUCCUAGGGACAGCAAAAGAUUUGCUUUACGAAAAGCAGGAUCCUAGAUAGAGGAACAUGGAAAAUCGACCAGACUCUACAGUUAAACAUCCAAAAUUAAAAAAGGACGAAUGCUUCUCUGGGUUUCUACCAGAAUUUAACUCAAAGAACAUUAAGUGGCGCUCUCCACUAAUUAAUUCCCCUAACAUAAGACAUUCUCCAAAAAACCAAAAUAAUGUAUAUAAUAUCUUUGAAAAAAAUAAUGACGAUGCCAAUGCAAGGCAACCGGAUCUGCAGAGAAGUAGUAAUUACCCUAGACCCUUUGGUUGUCAAACUGCAAAUUUUAUCUAUUCGUCUAAAAGAAAUCCGAAAAACAUAAUCAAACAGAAAGUUGCUUUUCCUCUCAGCGAUCAGGAGUUUGCUGAGGAAGAAAUCAAUUCUUCUAAGCAAGAUAAUGAACUAAGCGAGUUUUGUGACCUGGAGAGCUUUGGGUUGACAAAAUCUGGAACUUCCAGAGGGGAAGUUAAUACAUCCUCAAGUAGUGUAGGAAAAUAUUAUACUCGCCUAUUGCAAACUCAGCCAAAUCAAACUAAAAAGGAUGAACAAAAACCAGAAAAAACGACUCCAGAAGAAGUAACUCAUUUGAGAGGGUUUACUAGCGAAGUUGAUAUGCAACGCAGGGAACCUAGUGAAAGAGUGUUGCCUCUCAGACAUUCAAGCCAAGCACCUCCCAGAAAUAAUUUGCCUCCAGAAUUAACGCAAAGAGAAAUUCCCUCUAGGCAAGAAUUGGAGUUUUCUCAGCGCUCUGCUGAUUUUGAUGCUGGUUUCAGGCUACCUGUUGAAAGCUACAGGCAUAGCUGCAGAUCUCAGCCCUAUAUGUCACCAAAUCCCCGAAGAUAUUCUCCCUAUUUACCCACUCCUUGCCAUCACCAUCCCUAUAAAUGUUGCUCACAUAAUGACCCAUAUUUAAACCAUUAUCAGCCUAAACCAUAUUGGGAUCCCAUGAGAGAAAAUAUCAGACGGACCAGAGGCUAUCCAAUAUAUUAUGGGCCAGAACCACCCGAAGAUAUAAGACCCGUAAGGAGCUUUUCCGAAUAUUGUGCUCCAGAACCACAUUAUGUAAGACCAGAAGAAGGUUUUUGUGCUGGUGCCACACAUAAUGAUCUAGGAAGGAGCUGCUUUAAAGAGAAUAUAAAUCCAUAUGAGCAUCAUGUACCAGAAAGGUUUAAUUACCGGCCAACAUUCCUCGACUUUCCUGAGCAAAGAGAAUUCUCCAGCAGGCACAAUAUGGAAUCCCCCUUUGCGUCCACUUAUCGUCAAAGCGCUCAAAGGAAACCGUUGUUACACGUAAAUAGUUUCGAAGAGCGACUAGACAACUUGCUAGUGCCUUCACCUAUGAAUGCAGCUUCUAGCUACUCUGGUUUAAGAGCCCCCAGUGAUACGAGGCUCUUUAGGGAUCGUCAGUGGAACAUGGACGAGCAGUGGUCCAACGAUAAGUUUACCUUUAAUGGUGGAAUAGCCUCAGAGUAGGAAUUUAUUUUAUUUUGUUAUUGUUAAACAUGUUCUUAAAAUAAAAACUGUGUUUCGCUUCUGUUAAA